UGAGUCAAGCAGCACAAUCCAUAUUCCAUACCCAAAUUUAAGACAUCGUUGAUUCCCUUACCGUGACUUUGGGGAUGGAUAAGAAGAUGGUUGUUGGAGAAUCCACAACAACCUCAUCGUUACCAUCAACCUCGAUCGUGAAGGGUUCUCAACAGUUCAAGAUUACGAGGUACUCUUUGCUGAAUGGAAUUGGGAGUGGGAAAUACCUUGCAUCCGACACGCUUUCAGUGGGUGGCCAUGAUUGGGCUAUCUAUUGUUACCCUGACGGCCAAAACGAUGACGACAACGCUGCCUACGUGUCACUCUUCAUCGUAUUGGUCAGCGAAGCUAGCAAGGAUGUCACAGCCCUUUUCGAGUUGGCACUUUUGGAUCAGUCAGGAAAUGAGAAGCAUAAGCUCCAUAGCCAGUUUCAGACCAUCCCUCAAAGCGGCCCUUACACGUUGAAAUGCUGUGGCAGCAAGUGGGGAUUCAAGAGGUUUAUCAAGAAAACAGAUUUAGAGGCAUCGAAAUUCCUUAAAGAUGAUUGCCUCUAUGUGAAUUGUAGAGUUGGGGUUGUGAGUAAUUGCAGGGAGGGCCUUGAUUAAUGCAUACACAAUUGGCCAGCCUCCUCAGGAACGCUACCACAACUAUAUUCCUGUAGCGAUGUAGACUUGUAUAGCUAUACUAGGCUCUUAUAUUAUCAAGUAUACAUUGGCCAUGAUUAUGUGCUUGUUUGUAUAAAGUCUGAAAUUCUGUCGCAGUAGAAUUGAAAAAUAUUAAAUUUUAUCAAAAUUGUC